AUGAAGUCUUUAAUUUUAUUAGCAUGCAUGCUAGCCGGUUGUCUACUAAAACUAUCUUCUGCUGCUAACCGAACCAUCACCGUUUCAACAGCUUAUGGUGAUGUUCUUGGUGUUCAGACAGCUACGGCUCGUAUUUUCUACGGCAUUCCAUUUGCGAAAUCGCCUGUCGGCAAUCUCAGAUGGAAUCCACCAGUUCCAAUCUCUGCAUGGGCGCCAGAUGUGUUGAAUGCCACAUCACGCGCUCCAGCAUGUCCUCAGCCACGAUGUGGUGGUAUUCCCUCAAUUUUGUGCCCAACAAGCUUCUCGGAAGACUGUUUGUAUCUGAAUAUUUUUACACCAUUACAACAAAAUUCAUCAUCAUCAACUCCUUUGCCUGUGAUGAUCUUUAUUCCAGGUGGUAAUUUUCAAUAUCUAGAUGCAUCGAUCCCCGUCUAUGAAUCAGAACAUCUGGUCAAUUCUACCAAUGUUAUCAUUGCUUUAAUCCAAUUCCGUCUUGGUGUACUCGGUUUCCUUGCGACAGGAACAGGACCAAAUGAUAUCGUUGGCAAUUACGGUAUUCUAGAUCAGCGAUUAGCUAUCGCUUGGAUAAAAGCAAAUAUAGCUUCGUUUGGAGGAGAUCCUCAGCAAAUCACACUUUUUGGACAAAGUGCUGGUGCACAAUCAGUAGCUUUACAUCACGUUACUCCCGAAAUGCAGUCAUAUUUCCAAGCAAGUAUCGUUCAGAGCGCUCCAAUGGCUAUUCCAUUUCGAACAUAUGCUGAAUAUAUCGCACCCAGUGUUCUUCUUGCCGAACAGCUGAAUUGUACUCCUAAUGAUAUUAGUUGCUUACGUCGUCAAACGUAUGAAGCCAUUACUAUCGCACAAACGAAAGUUAAUUCAAUGUUAACGUCAUUCAAAUUCUUGCUCUUUUUUGAACCUUGGGUACCUGUAAUCGACAACUCCAUUGUCAAAGGUCAACUCAUGGAUCUCGUUCAAAAUACAAGUUUCCCAUUGAAACCUAUGGUUAUUGGUACUUUAACUGAAGAAGCCGUCUUCUAUAUCUACGAAGCCUGGUCAACACCGAUCUCCGUUCCACUCUAUAUGGAAGUUCUUCUUUUUACUUUUCACGAAAAUGCUAUCAAAGUAUUCGAACGAUAUCCACCUUCGCCGUCCGGUGAUCAACGAGCUUUGAUGUCUCGUCUCGCAACUGAAUGGGUUUUUGCGUGUCCAACCCGUGUCUAUUCUCGUAAAGCGGCCACGUAUUCUUAUGUCUUUGGAUUUCCACUUGAUUUCGAUGGUUGGGAAAAUGAAACAUUUUGCAAUAAUCAUGUUUGUCAUGCCGGUGAAUUGCCUUAUACAUUCGAAUCAGCAUGGAUUAAUUUUACUGAUGCCGGUAGACGCGUUUCUAAAAGUAUGGCCACUUACUGGACAAAUUUUGCCAAAAGUCAUGAUGUUAAUCAACCGGAUACAGCAGCUCUAACAUGGCCAAACCCCAGUGCAGAUAAAUAUUAUCUAUAUUUUCAAGAUCCGCUCGAUGUUCGAAAAGACUAUAUUAAAGAUGAGUGCGAUUUUUGGGACCAAAUUGGAUACAGAGCAAACUGGUAUAAAGAAUUCCAUAAUGAAUAA